UAGUCACUUUAAUUGCUGCAACAGAGUCUGCAGGUUGAUUCAACCUUGCCUGACCUGAAAGAGAUUAUGAGUUCAUUUGACCUGCAAACACAGUCGCCUCCUCGAUGCAGUCCCCAGUUCCCCAGCAUCGGUCAGGAGCCCCCAGAGUUGAACAUCUUCUGUGAAAACUUCUUCCACCAGCAGAACGCCCAGCGGCCAUCCAACUAUGACAUUGAGGAUUACGGCUCAUCCAGCAACCCCUACCUCUGGCUGAACGGACCCCCCAUGAACCCCUCGUCAUACUUGCCCGGGUCCAAUGGCAGCCCCUUCAUCCCGCAGUCCUACGGGAUGCCCAGGCAGUUCAUCCCCAACGGUGGCAGCCUGGGGGGCUCGGAUCUGGGCUGGCUCUCCAUCCCCAACCAGGAGGAGCUGCUGAAGCUGGUGAGGCCUCCAUACUCCUACUCGGCUCUGAUCGCCAUGGCGAUCCACGGAGCGCCGGACAAGAGGCUGACCCUCAGCCAGAUCUAUCAAUAUGUGGCCGACAACUUCCCCUUCUACAACAAGAGCAAAGCCGGCUGGCAGAACUCCAUCCGGCACAAUCUCUCCCUCAACGAUUGCUUCAAGAAAGUCCCCAGAGAUGAGGAUGACCCAGGGAAGGGAAACUACUGGACUCUGGAUCCCAACUGCGAGAAAAUGUUCGACAACGGCAACUUCCGGCGCAAGAGGAAGAGGAAGUCUGACCCCAACGCCUCCGCUGGCGGUCUCGGAGCCGAGAAACCGGAUGACGGCCCCCACAAGGCCCCCCUGAGUCCCGGAAUCCCGGACCCCUCCUCUGCUCGGACGGGCACGUCUCCAGACAAGAAGUCUCCGGCUCCCGGCUCGGCUCCCUGCCUCAGCAACUUCAUUUCCAGCAUGUCCACGUACAACAACCCGCCAGGCGGGAGGCAAGCUCCCCUCGGACUGGUCAGUGACACUUCCCAGAGAAUGGGGCAGGGCAUGAUGGGGUUCAGCUCCUACCCGCCCUCCGGCAACAUCCUGGGCCAGUCCGGCUCGGAAUGGAGCGACCCGGGAACGUCAAACCAUUACGGAUACUCCUCAGUCCUGAACCAGUUCAACAAUCACUUCUACAACAGCCUCAACGCCAACAGCCUGUUGUACCCCAGGGAAGGUACAGAGGUGUGAGUGGAAGAUGCGCACAAUGAAGGAUUGAUGUGAAAAAUUAAUAAUUACGGCAACAGAAAAAAAAAAUCCAUUUGAUGCUAAGUAGUUUAUUUAUGAGAAAACAUUUCAUGAGCAUUGUAUUCCAGUAUUUUAACUCUAUAAUUGGUUUAAGCGGAUACUUGUGUCACUUAAAACCAAUCAUCUUGAAGCUUGGGGAGAAUAGGUGUAUAUUGUGGUGUCUCGGGAGACUCUAUAAAGUUUGGACUGAGGUUCCGAUUAACUAACACUAACGUUAAUGAGACCAGGAGGCACAGGAGCAGAGCAGCCUGUUGACUUUGUUCCACCAUUCAUUGAGAUCAUGAUAAUGAUCUGAUAAUCCUCAACUCCAUUUCCUUGCCUUUGCCCCUUUCUGAACAGAAACCUGUCUAUUCUUGAGUAGACUAAACAGCCCUCUGCGGUGAAGAAUUAAUGGAGCCUUUCCAAACCUGCAGGCCCACAACAUUCAAGUGGAGCCCCUGACCAUCAGAGUAGGAGUUGGGAUUGGAUUUGAGGGUUACAUUUCCCAGGGCGAACAGGCCUCCCUUGGACACUGGGUCAAAGUUCACAGGCCGCUUUCAACCAACACUUUCUGAACCCAUCCCAACAAGGUGGCCUCAGAUUGGGCGGCAUAGUGGCUCAGUGGUUAGCAUUGCUGCCUCACAGCGCCAGGGAGCCAGGUUCAAUUCCAGUCUCGGG